UAAAUAAACAUAAAAAUAAAAUCAAUCAAUCAAUAAAUAAAAAAUCAAACUUGUGUCACACAGAUCCAUAUUGUCAUAAAAAACAGAGGAUACGUGAACCUUCAAAACAGAAUCAAUCAAAACGAUGUCGUGUUUGGUUGGAUGUUGUGCAUCAUUAACAUGUGGAUUAUGCACAUCAGCUGCAUCAACAAUCACAAAGAAAUCAGCUAGGCUUGGUUACUGUGGUCUCUUUGGUCUUUCUUUGAUCGUUUCUUGGGUUCUCCGUGAAAUUGGGACUCCUCUAUUGAAAAAGAUUUCUUGGAUCAAUACAUCUGAUACUCUUUCAGAUGAAUGGUUCCAAUCCGAAGCUGUUCUACGUGUCAGCCUUGGAAAUUGCUUGUUUUUUGCAAUACUUGCUUUGUUGAUGAUUGGUAUAAAGGAUCAGAAUGACAGACGUGAUGCUUGGCACCAUGGUGGUUGGAUUUUUAAGAUUAUAAUAUGGGCUUUGCUUAUCAUCCUUAUGUUUUUUCUUCCGAAUCCAGUCACAUCUGUUUAUGGAUUUAUAUCAAAAUUUGGAGCAGGGUUCUUUUUACUCGUUCAAGUGAUAAUAUUAUUGGAUGCUACACAUUCUUGGAAUGAUGCCUGGGUUGCUAAAGAUGAACAGAAGUGGUUCGUUGCCUUACUUGCAGUGUCAGUUACUUGCUAUAUUGCUGCAUUUACAAUGUCUGGACUGCUGUUUAUUUGGUUCAAUCCAUCUGGCAAUGAUUGUGGUCUAAAUGUUUUCUUUCUUGUCAUGACAAUGAUACUUGCACUUGUAUUUGCAGUUAUUGCACUGCAUCCCACGGUGAAUGGUAGCCUGUUGCCUGCUUCUGUGAUAUCAGUUUACUGUGCUUAUGUGUGUUACACUGGUCUUGCUGCUGAACCCCGAGAUUAUGCCUGCAAUGGUCUUAACAGUUCCAAAGUGGUUACCACAAGUACCCUUAUACUUGGCAUGUUUACAACUGUUCUCUCAGUUCUAUAUUCAGCCCUUCGUGCUGGCUCAUCUACAACUUUCCUAUCGCCCCCAUCUUCUCCAAGAGCUGGUGAUAGAUCACCUCUUCUGGACUCCGAAGAACUGGAAUCAGGCAAUGGCAAGAAAGAAGGUGAAGCAAAACCCGUGAGUUACUCGUACACGUUUUUCCAUGUGAUAUUUGCUUUGGCUAGCAUGUACUCUGCCAUGCUUUUAACAGGAUGGAGCAGCUCUGAAAGCUCGGACCUUAUUGAUGUUGGGUGGACAUCAGUUUGGGUUCGGAUCUGCACCGAGUGGGUCACUGCUGGGCUCUAUAUCUGGUCCCUCGUUGCCCCCCUCAUCUUCCCAGACCGUGAAUUCUAUUGAAUGAUCGUUUACGCCUCAUGUUAGUAUGUGGAUAUUCGGUAUAAAUGUAAUUAAAUGUGUGUAUGGAGCUGUAAGUGUAAUUUGGUAGAUGUACAUGGGUGGGAGAUGAUUGUUAUUGAAAAUAUGGUUUUGGUGUUGAUGGUCGUCUUGCUUUUUAUGUUAUAUCCUAUAAUGUUGCCUUUUUUAAACA